AUGUUAGACAUGUCUUGGGUACCAUUACUGAGCAAUGGCACUAUAUCAUCCAAAAUCGUCACACACAAUUCCGCUCAGAUUGCCCCAUGGAAAGCAUCUAUGAUGCCCAUCACAGAGAAGAAAGGAGAUCGCGAUCGACACUCCUAUUGGACUCCACACAGCGAUUGGACCCGAGCCUUGAAGAUCGACUGGGACGUUUCACGUCCCAUUCUUCCGUAUGGCGACGAGAAGCAGCGCAGGCUGUGGGAGCAAGAUUUCUCACCUCAUGACUGGUAUGCCUUGUGUUAG